AAAGAACAUCGCUCGGAUGCGUUAAAAGGCAUACAAUUCCACCUUAAAUGCUAUUUGCGUUUGUGUUGGAUACCUCGUCGCCAUCUUCGGUCCACCUUAAGCGCACAAUGUGGCCAACGAAUGCGAGCGUACCAGCCGGGCUUCCGUCCUCAUUCUCCUGCCGAGGAUCGCGCUCCGGCUUCCCAGCUUUGACACAGCGUCACUUGUGAAACAACAGAGGGGGGAGAAAGACGCACUCGGGCCAAACCCCAUCCGCACCAGCAGGAGAAAGAUGUCCGAGCCCAAUAAGUACCGAGAGUGGAUCCUGGAAACAAUCGACUCUCUCCGGUCGAGAAAAGCUCGUCCGGAUCUGGAGAGAAUUUGUCGAAUGGUUCGGAGACGUCAUGGCUCGGACCCGGACCGAACCAGGACAGAACUGGAAAAACUGAUUCAGGAGCAGACGGUGCUCAAAGUUAGCUACAAGGGCUCCAUAUCGUACCGAAACGCGGCGAAGGUGCAGAGGAAAAGCCGAAAGAAGUGUGAGUUUACGGGCGCUGGCAGCAGCGGCGGCGGCAGCGGCGGCGGCAGCGCGGAGGCAGCGAGGGAGCGGACCAAACACGACCAUCUGAACAACAACGGCGACAGUGCGCACAGCUUCACAGACCAGGAGGAGGGAGAGGAGGACUCGCAGCCCAGCCCAGAGCCCCACACUCAGACAGCAGCCAGCAGCUCGGGAAAAAAGCUUAAGCCUGCCCCCAGCCCGAGCAGCGGAAAGGGGUGCCUCAGUUGUGGCGCAACAACGGGCUGCGAUGUCGGGAGCGGCUGUAAAGAGGAGAAAGCAAGUGCAUCAAAAGACAAGGGAUUAGGACAGCAGGGAGCGGGGGGCUGCCCGUCGCCCGGUCUCGUCCAUAGAACAAGCGCAAACGACGGCGGAGAUGCCAGCGGGACAACGCCGAGCAAAACCGAUGCAGUUCGCGGAGGAAAGGUCUCGGGUCUUUUCGGGGCUGACACCCAACACAAAACUUGCUCUGGGGGCGUCAGCCUUCAACAACAGGGACCGAGGCAGACUGUGCUCCUCAAGCCCAAACUUCGUGUCGGAGGAGGGGGCACCAGAACAGCGGGGAACCACGCCAACUCCGACCUCGGCGACAGACUGGUGGCUUCUGUACGCAGCCUGUCCGAGAAGAGCCUCCGGGGGGGCUCCACCGCCACAAGAGGCCACGGUAAACCGCUCGGGCUGAAGGAGAUCCUCGGCUAUCUGAGUAGUCAGGAGCGGCUGUCGGAGGAGAAGCUGACCCGAGGCAAAGUCAAAGUGGUGAUGGAGAGAGAGGUGGCGAGGGGCAGGCUGCGCAGGACCCGCUGCGGGAACAUUACUCUUCCUCUAAGGGGGAUGGUGCUGGAGGAGCCGAAGAAUGCGUCCGCUGACAGACUUGUAAAGAGCGCACUGCAGGACAGACACACUGUGAAAAAGCCGCCUUCCCCCUCUCUCCAGGAAGAUGAGCCAAUGGAAACAGCGAGCGAAGAAGAGGAACGGGAGGAUAAUGAGGAAGAGGAGAAGGACGAUCCCCGGAGUUCUGAGGAGGAGGGUGGACUUUCCCCGGUAGCCAUGACAACAGAACCAGAGCUCAUUGAGAAAACCAUAGAAGAUGUUGAGGUCCAGACAGCAUCAAAGCAGGAGAACUCCCAGAAGCAGAACAAAGGUUUGGUUGCUGAUCUCUCGAGGGUGCCUGGGCUUGAUUCCCUCAGCAGGACGCCAUACUCACCUAUUCAGGGAACUUCCCUGCCACAACUUAACGUUACUCACCUGGAGGACAGGAAUGGGGCCCAAACUCAUCUACAAACAGAUGCAAUGAUGCCGAAUGACAGAAUCAACCGCACCUCCCCGGGCUUGAACUGCCAGGAGUCCAAGACAGAGGUCGGAGUGUCGUCCUGCCUGCUCACACCCACUGCCUCCCCAAGGGACUCCUGCCUGUCUGAGGAACGAGGGAUAAACGGAGGAGUAAACAGUGGAGGAUGUGUGAAGUCCGAGGGGGUCAGUGGGAGCCCGGUGGAGUGGACCGUGUCUGACGUUGUCAGUUAUUUCACAGCAGCAGGUUUCCCUGAGCAGGCUGCUGCCUUCAAGACCCAGGAAAUCGAUGGCAAGUCUCUUCUCCUCAUGCAGCGUAAUGAUGUUUUGACUGGCCUGUCAAUCAGACUCGGCCCCGCCCUCAAGAUCUAUGAGCGUCAUGUAAAGGUUCUGCAGAGAACGCACUUUGAGGAGGACGACUGCUAACAAAAGACACAUGAAGUACACACAGAGACCGUAAAGUCUGUAUCUACAAUUAGCUUCAAUAAUCUUAUAACAAUGUAUGCAUGAAAUACAAUACAAUUUAAUUUUUCAUCUCAUGGAAACCAGCUCUUACAACACACACACACACACACACACACACACACACACACACACACACACACACACACUAUUCUUCUCCUCCGGGACCCCUCAGACUGCUUUGGUCCAGAAAUGACAAAAUAAUGAGAAUGCAUUUCCUGUACAAAAAGAUUUUCUACUGAACAGAGCAGUAAUGUUGGAGGGAGAAGGAAGUCAGAACUUUUUAUGAUGGAGAAGUUGAAAAAAUAAGUCAUGCAAACUUUUCUUUUUUAAACAUUCAAUGAACAAGCACUUUUGUAAUUCCUCGCUGUGCAGGACAGUUUGUUAUUUUGGGCUCAUAUUUUGCACAUUUUGAAAGAGGUUGUGUUCAUGUGUGUGGGAGUUCAUGUAAGUUUGUUUUUUUAAGGCUGUAAAGCAAGGUUUUCUGUGUUGUGGGUGCAUGUUUGUCAUUGUACACACCUUGUAUGUGUGCAUCUGGAAGAGUGACAGAGCUUUGUUGGAUUGUAAAGAAAAACGAAGAUAAAACACAUUCCCACUGUCAAAAUUAAAAACAGGACAGGGUUGGUGUGACCAUGUGCACAUGGUCAUUGGUUAUAGCAAUAAGCUGGCACUUAAAUGUUUGGGAGAUGGUCGAACAUUGUCAACUAAAGGUGGGAUUGUCACCCACCUUGGGGAAGGGUUACAAAUGGCCUGUUAAGCACAGUGCUUAAACUUUUCUGAAAAGUUUAAGCACCUUAUCUGAAAAGUCGAGCAGGCAAAACACAGAGAGGAUGAACUUUUCUCAUAAUCUGGGGGUUUGUAGAUGGACUAGGGACACAUAUUAGUGUUAGAAAAACAUGGUACAGUGUAUUUGAAUAAUAUGUGACCCUUAAUUUGUUUUUUGAUGCCAAGGACAGGGAUUGAAAAACAUUGAUUGACAGCUCUGUUGACAAAUGUGUUUGCGGUGCUGUGUGCACCUGAUUAGAAAGGCCAAAGAGGAAGAGGAAGAGCAAACAAACAAACAAACAAACACAAGACUUCCCUAAACACUUUUUGUCUGCUUCAGAUGCAGAGAACAGAUACAUGAAUUUGUUCUCCUUGAGACUGAACCAUUUCAAAAGGGUUCUUUGCCGUUUAAUUGCUAAGUUGUGUCAAGUUGUGUUUUGGUUGGUUAAUCCAGCGGCUGUAAUGUGCAACUCUGGCUCUAAACAACAUCACCACUGCACUAUGUCGGCCUAUCGCUGGGUUAUUUGGCUCCAAUCUGUCCUCAGUCUUGUAGUCUUGAAGUAUGUGUCCUGGGCCACAUUUGAAGACCUCCCACUCCCCCGUAACCAAAGCAACAACUACAUUGAAAUUCCAACUAAUAGGCUUUCACCUGCUGUGGCUAAAGAAUAUCUAAGAGGUCGAGACAGAGUCUGGAAGCAGGUGACAGAUUUGACUAAUAAGCCCAUCGUCAUAUUUUGUUAUAAAGUUGGAGUUCAUAAACGUAACUGAUAAGGCUCAGGUUUACAGAGCAGCUAAGUGAGACCCAAUCACAAGUGAUCGCUGGAGAUGCAUUUGGAGACACGUGUUAAUAUCAGGUGUAAACACGCCCAUGAAGAAAAUAACUUUAAUUUUAUGAAUUUUCAGAGCUUCUUAUUUCUUGCCUUGUUUAAAUUUUAAAUUAAUUGAGGUUUUUGUUUUUUGUUUUGAAAACAUGGCUGAAGAGCCACAUUAGAAACCUGCUUUAAAUACAUUAUUGGUGCAGAUCAAACCUGCAGGACAGCUGAGCUGCUGUGACUUCUUAAUGCUGCAGGACUCUUUACUUCUGCUCACUAAUCACUCAGUCUCUGGACUAAUUCUUCUUCAGAUGAUCCUAACUCUAAAAACACAUAAAAACCUUUAAUAACAGCUCAAUAUUUAAAGCUACCAAUCAUAACGUAUGUUUCCUCUGUUUUUGUCGUUGGUGCCACUGGUCAGAAGGUGUCGCUAAAUUCUGUUUCGGACUUCACCCUAGGGGGACGUAGAAGACUAAUGUCAGCUGAGCUUAAACAGCCAAACAUCUCAGCUACAUGUUAGAGUGAAUAUGUGAAUACAGUAAAAAAUGAGCCAUCGUGACAUCAGCCUUUAUUUGUUAAUGAUUAAAAAACAGUUACCUGAAAGUUGAAAUCGCAGGGUACCGCUGAGUCAAUCAAUCAACUAAUCUCAUGCCACCAGCAGUUUUUAACUGUUUGUACUGUUCAAACUUUAGAAACGAAAUACUGUCCAACUUUAUCACUUUCUCAGACUGGGGUCAGGUCCAUACCUCAUGAGGUUUUUAUUCUCUCGUGUAAUUCGGGGAAUUGAACGGGCCCCAGUACAUAAAAGGAUACAAGAUUGCUGGUCACAUAUCAGUGUCCACAGAGCUCUGUGUGUGUCUUAAGUAAUUUGUAGAGAUCUCAGAUGAGCCCAUAUGCCGUUAAAUUAAGUGUUCUGUAUCUGUUUUUAUUGUUUCCCCUACUGAAGGCAGACAUGUUGCAGAAUGUUUUGCCACUCAGUCUGACUGAGGGGGCGUGAUUCAAUGAAAAAGGUGGCGUCAAUGCGUACCCUCUGUAGGCUAACUGGUUAACUAAAAGGGGGCAGAAAUCGUCCUGAGGGUUCGGCCUGGCUCCUGGCCUAUCUCUCGUCUCAUUCCCAUCUUCACCGUAAAGACUCCAUUCCAGGUUUGACAUCACCUCUGUGCAUGUUUAAUUAAAAUUACCCAUUCUUGUAUAUUCUUGUCUCCAAGAUUUAUGUUGCAGUUUGUGAAUGUUCUCAAUCCACUCUCCACGUUCUGAUGUUUACAUUUCUUUGUGCACUCAAGCCUCUGCUACCUCUCACCCCCAGUUUCUCCUUCACUGUUAAUUUUUUUUGCAACUUUAAGAAGACAUAGCAGGUUCUAACACAACACAACUUGCCUGUCAAAGCUUAUCAAAACCAGAUGAUCCUGUACAGACAAAGGAAGAGGUCGAGACAGAGUCUGGAAGCAGGUGACAGAUUUGACUAAUAAGCCCGUCGUCAUAUUUUGUUAUAAAGUUGGAGUUCAUAAACGUAACUGAUAAGGCUCAGGUUUACAGAGCAGCUAAGUGAGACCCAAUCACAAGUGAUCGCUGGAGAUGCAUUUGGAGACACGUGUUAAUAUCAGGUGUAAACACGCCCAUGAAGAAAAUAACUUUAAUUUUAUGAAUUUUCAGAGCUUCUUAUUUCUUGCCUUGUUUAAAUUUUUAAUUAAUUGAGGUUUUUGUUUUUUGUUUUGAAAACAUGGCUGAAGAGCCACAUUAGAAACCUGCUUUAAAUACAUUAUUGGUGCAGAUCAAACCUGCAGGACAGCUGAGCUGCUGUGACUUCUUAAUGCUGCAGGACUCUUUACUUCUGCUCACUAAUCACUCAGUCUGUGGACUAAUUCUUCUUCAGAUGAUCCUAACUCUAAAAACACAUAAAAACCUUUAAUAACAGCUCAAUAUUUAAAGCUACCAAUCAUAACGUAUGUUUCCUUUGUUUUUGUCGUUGGUGCCACUGGUCAGAAGGUGUCGCUAAAUUCUGUUUCGGACUUCACCCUAGGGGGACGUAGAAGACUAAUGUCAGCUGAGCUUAAACAGCCAAACAUCUCAGCUACAUGUUAGAGUGAAUAUGUGAAUACAGUAAAAAAUGAGCCAUCGUGACAUCAGCCUUUAUUUGUUAAUGAUUAAAAAACAGUUACCUGAAAGUUGAAAUCGCAGGGUACCGCUGAGUCAAUCAAUCAACUAAUCUCAUGCCACCAGCAGUUUUUAACUGUUUGUACUGUUCAAACUUUAGAAAUGAAAUACUGUCCAACUUUAUCACUUUCUCAGACUGGGGUCAGGUCCAUACCUCAUGAGGUUUUUAUUCUCUCGCGUAAUUCGGGGAAUUGAACGGGCCCCAGUACAUAAAAGGAUACGAGAUUGCUGGUCACAUAUCAGUGUCCACAGAGCUCUGUGUGUGUCUUAAGUAAUUUGUAGAGAUCUCAGAUGAGCCCAUAUGCCGUUAAAUUAAGUGUUCUGUAUCUGUUUUUAUUGUUUCCCCUACUGAAGGCAGACAUGUUGCAGAAUGUUUUGCCACUCAGUCUGACUGAGGGGGCGUGAUUCAAUGAAAAAGGUGGCGUCAAUGCGUACCCUCUGUAGGCUAACUGGUUAACUAAAAGGGGGCAGAAAUCGUCCUGAGGGUUCGGCCUGGCUCCUGGCCUAUCUCUCGUCUCAUUCCCAUCUUCACCGUAAAGACUCCAUUCCAGGUUUGACAUCACCUCUGUGCAUGUUUAAUUAAAAUUACCCAUUCUUGUAUAUUCUUGUCUCCAAGAUUUAUGUUGCAGUUUGUGAAUGUUCUCAAUCCACUCUCCACGUUCUGAUGUUUACAUUUCUUUGUGCACUCAAGCCUCCGCUACCUCUCACCCCCAGUUUCUCCUUCACUGUUAAUUUUUUUUGCAACUUUAAGAAGACAUAGCAGGUUCUAACAGUUAGUUGAAGGUGUGUGCUGCCGCUGUUUGUAUAAAGUUUGUUUCAUUCUCAUGAGUUUAACCUGUAGGAAAGGAGGACAGUGUUUUAAGUCUACAUUUACACCAGGUGAAUGUAUAAUGAGUCCAUGCUCUUGUUAUUCAUCUCAAGUCAUUUGUUAAAGGACAAUUUUAGUAAUAAAAGUUUCAA